CCAUUGUUCUUUGGACCGCGGCCCUAGAAUUAACAGCCAGUUACCGAAAACGGACUCAAUUGAGCCUUGGAAGGUCGCCGGGCAGUACGAGACUGACGGAGCUUCGUCGGAGACAACCUGGAACGUUCCUUGCUUUCUGUGAGGGCAUGGCGAUCGACACCGUUCCUCCACUCAUCGCUGCUCAGCUCAAUUACCUUAUUGCUAACUGUCCAUUCCCAAUCAAGGUAGAGCAAAUGUGGGCAGGAGGCAAAAGCCCUGGCAUGUGUGUUUUAGAUCGCUUCACCUUAGCUAUCCCUUUCUGCCUAGACUACAUAAAAUGGGAUGUUAUAUACAAUGCAGUGUAUCCCCUCGUGCCACCAGAUGUAAUAUUUGGGCCUGAGGAUGUGAACUUUAGGCCAUAUCAUAGUCCUGGUGAUGCAGGGGAGAAGAAAAACGCAUUGACUGACUGGAACAACAAAGACCCUUCUCGGCUUUUGUCACUCAUUCUUGAACUUAGGGAGUUGUAUAUGGCUUAUCAUAGGAAACGAGUUGCAGAAGUUGAUGAUGAAAGGUUAAAGUUUGAAUUCAGCACCAUGCUUCCAAGGGAGGGGAUUGAAUAUUUGUUGAUUUGUGCAACCGACAAGCCAGAAGAUGUUAAAUUUUCCAUACCUUUACUGGAUUUGGAUUUGAACAAAAUGGUGGUUGGAUCAACUUGGAUGCAUCAGCAGAAGAUAUAUUUACAGGUCAUAUUUCCAGUUGGCAGAAAAUACUCAGCACCACGCCUGAAGCUGGUUUCAACUUCUGAAUUAAAAUCUCUAUUUUCUGUUGAUGACUUCAGGCUCCCCUCUUGGGUGGAUGGAAUGUGCACUGCUGAAUACCUUCCAAAUUUAGAGGUCUUGCUUGCAACACAGAUUAAAGAUGCAGUUUCAUCCAUUGAAACCAGAAGAAAAUUCAUUAUGGCCUUAGCUCCUCUUUUGGGAAGACCACUAGAAGCCGAUCCGAUUUUCUGCAAGAAGGCUAGCUUUCUAGCACAAUCUGGGCUUUUCAGUUUUAUGGUAAACAUUUCCAUUCCACUUCAGUUCCCCAAGCAACGUCCAAGCUUGGUGCUCCUGAGUACCCAGCACUUCAACUCCCACAAUGUGCCCAUCAAGUCUCCCGCAAUGACUGAUUAUCCAUGGAGUCCUAGGUGGGAAACAUCAGAAAUGGCUGAGAGGAUCUUUGAUUUUCUAGUGGAGGAAUGCUUGAACUUCAAAAAGUACUGCAAUGAAGCAAUACUCCUGCAACGCUGAUGUUGUUACUUGACAACUAGGAUGGUGGUUCACUUGUUCAUAAGGUUAAUGUAUAAUUUCAUGCCUAGGACAUAUAACAAGUGUUUCUUUAGCUCUAGGACUUUAUGAGGUUGUUUCAGUACGUUUUGUUAGAUUGAGGACAAAAAUGGU